AUGGCCGUAAUUCGCAAUCAUUUAGAAUCGAUGUCUGACGUUGCUGGUGGCGUGACAAUGGACUUUUAUGGAUAUGGAACCCAGCCUGCUUUUAAUGAACCAGAAUCUUCUUCAAGUUUAGCGGAAUUCCAAUAUGAACAGACAUGGGUUAUUCAACCUCAGUUUGUAUUCCGAUCGAAAACACCGAAAAGUGGAAAAUAUUCGGAAGAGCAACUGAUUUUGGCACGUUCAACUUCUGAAAAGAGUGUUGCGUGUGCGCAUCAUGCCGAGGAAUGUUGCGCGAGGCAGCUGCGAUAG